AUGUCCUCGUCUAGUCGGCCCAAACCGUCGCGCAAGAGCUCCGCAAACCACCGAAGCACGCUCUCGCUGCAAAAGACAGAGAUCAAGAUUCAUGUUUACGACCUCCUUCCCCCAGGCAAAGUGUCUACAGUGCUAUGGGCAAUAGGAAGCUCUCUCCUGCACUCCGGGGUGGUCAUUGGCGACCGGGAAUACGCAUAUGGAGGCCAUGAUCAGCGUGGAAUGACGGGUGUGUACUGGACAAAGCCCGGGCAAGAACCACCAGGCGGCACCUUCAGACAGGCGAUCCUCCAUGGCUUUUCAUUCCGGCCAGAAGAAGAGCUGACCGCGAUUAUCCACGAAGCCUCGCAACAGUUUAUCGGAACCUCGUACAAUCUCCUAACCAAAAACUGCAACCACUUCACCUCGUACCUGUGCGAGAAACUCACCGGCCGCCCCGCCCCGGGCUGGCUCAAUCGCGCCGCUAGCAUAGGCGUAGCUCUCCCAUGCGUUGUACCGCGGGAAUGGAUUGAGCCACCGGAUCAUGAUACUGCGGAUGGAGAGCUCCUUGACGAGGACUUUGAAGACGAAAGAUCGUCUAUGCUCCGGCACGACCAGAGACGGCGCCUUCCGAGUUCCGAGGAGGAGGAAGGGUGGGGCGAGCAAGCGGCGGGGAUACUUGGUGCUGGCGCUGGAAGUGAGCAAAGAGGCGCAAGAGGGCAUCCGCGGCACUCGGCCAGAAAUCAUGCACCCAGGCUCGUCAAAGACACCAGCAAUCGGGAGAUUCCUCCAGCGGAGAGAGCCCCAUUGCCCAGACGAAUAACAUGA